AGCUUCACUCAAGCAGGCGAGCCCAGCUCACCACGCCCGUAUCGUCACUCAACCAAGCCACCGUGAAGCGCCCGCCCGCCAGCCAGCCCCCGCACACCUCGCACAAUGGCGCAGACGUCGUCGUCUUCCUCCCCCGCACUCUCGGACCUCAUCUUCCCUACGGCCGCCGGCCACAACUUCUCCCACAUCCUGACGGACCUCAAGCGCGCCAACCUGUCCAUCGCGAACCGGCUGCGGUCCAUCGCUCAGGACGCCGAAUUCGUGGCCGAGGCCGCCGCGUGCUUCGGCGGCCGGCCCCUCGUCGCCAACGAGCGCUGCGGCAGCUGGUACGUCCGCCCCGCCGACAAGCGCGCGAGCGCCUACUUCAAGAGCACCGACGGCCACACCAACGCCUGGAAGUUCAGCACCCGCCGCCUGAACCUGCACCUGCUCGAGCUCAUCGGGGAGCAUGAUGGAUGUAUCAUCGUCGACUCAACACGCCGAGGCAAGAGAAUGCCCGACGCGCUGAGCAAGACCAUUCCCGUCUGGUGCGCCGUCCUCAACAUGGCCCUCUUCCCGGACCUCCCGCACGCCGACCGCCUCUUCACCCCGCCCAACGUCGUCUCGGCCUCGGAGCACGCCCAGAUCGCCGCCCUCCUGCCCUCCUUCCUCGCCGCCCUGCGGUCUCUCGAGAUCGACCCGGCCCCGCUGCGCGCGCGCCUCGCCAAGCCCCUGCGGUCCUUCUGGGUGACGCAGGAGACGCAGCUCUCGCCCGCUGCCGCCGGCGGCGCCGUCUUCGACGACUACCACCCCGUCAUCUGCUGCACCGCCUCGCGCCGCGUCGCCGGCGCCGAGAUGAGCGAGGCCGGCUACAUCCAGGGCGCCGGCGACGACACGGAGAACUGGGCCCUGGGACUGACGGCCGAGCUCUUCUGGGAGAACGCCGACGCCCUGCUCUCCGCGCCCGAGGCCGACCUCCCGGACGCGGUCGCCGCGCUCGUCGCGGAGCGGAAGCGCAACGCCCCGCGCGGCGUGCCGGCGAAGCGCGUGGCGCCGCGGAUCCUCGUCCGCCCGCUGCCUCUGGACGACGACGACGACGACGACGACGCCCCCGCCGACGCCGAGGCGCCGGCCGCGUGCAGGGUCGCCCUCACGCAGGACGUCACGCCGCGCGAUUCGUGGACCAAGUCCCCGAGCCGCAUGGAGGCCGGCCUGGGCAAGCACAAGGUCGCCAGCCGCAACCUCCGGCAGGCGCUGCCGGACAUCUGCGCCUUUGUCGCCCGCUACCUCGGCGCGCACCGCGACGCCGAUGUGGUCAUCGCCUGCGAGUCCGGAAGGGACCUGUCCAUCGGCGCGGCGCUGGCCGUCUACUGCUGGUGCUUCGACCAGGACGGCGGGUACCGCGUGGCGGACGCCAGCACCUUCUUCAACAAGGACAUGAUCCGCGUCCGGCUCGGCACCAUCAUGACGGCCUUCCCCGAGGCCAACGCCAACCGGGCCACGUUGCAGAGCGUCAACAGCUUUCUCAUGGACCACCGGAGAUGACAGACAUGAAAAAUGGUUUUAGUCUCUCUCUUUCUCUCUCUUUUUAUUGUAUAGGCCUGUCUACCUAUAUUGGAAGGCACUCGUCGAGCACCCGCGAGCCAGCAGUGUCUAGCUACUAUGUGAACACCAGAAGAGAACGAAAUGCAUGGCCCUUAUGGCUGGCCCUUUGUGCAGUAACCGUCGGCGAAAACCGCUCCCCCAACCUUACAAGAACGACGACGGGAUCUUUACCCCGGCUAGUCAG